AUUUAGUUAUCGUCUUCAGUGCUUCGGUCAAGUUGUGUGGCUCCGCUAUCCAUUCCGCUCCUGCGCUACCAAUUGGAUAUUUCAACGAAAAACCCCCUCCAUAUAAGGAUUAACACUAACUGACUAACCAGCAUAAUCAAGAUGAUGCUACUACAUCCAACUCCUGCCCAGCGCGUGAGCAUUCGCGAGGAGCUGCGCGAGCCCGAGGAUCCAGCAGACAUUGAGCGCGACAUUAAGCUGAUUCGCGAAUGGCUGGAGACCCAGCCCCAUCUGCCGAAAGACAUGGACGAUAUGCGUCUGACGACCUUCUUGCGCGGCUGCAAGUUCAGCCUGGAGAAGGUGAAGAAGAAGCUCGAUAUGUACUACACGAUGCGGAACGCGGUGCCCGAGUUCUUCUCCAACCGCGACAUAAAUCGCGAGGAGCUCAACAUUGUGCUGGACUAUGUCCACUGCCCCACAUUGCCAGGCAUUACGCCCAACGGACGUCGCAUUACAUUCAUCCGAGGCAUCGACUGCGAUUUCCAGCCCCACCAUAUUCUGGAUGCCAUGAAGGUGGCCCUGAUGAUCGGCGACAUCCGCUUGGCGGAGGAGUCGGUGGGCAUUGCUGGCGACAUCUUCAUUUUGGACGCAGCCGUCGCAAGCGCCUCUCAUUUUGCCAAAUUCUCCCCGACGGUGGUGAAGAAGUUCUUGAUCGCCGUGCAGGAGGCGUAUCCCGUUAAGGUGAAGGAGGUGCAUGUGAUCAACAUUUCGCCAUUGGUGGACACCAUCUUCAACUUUGUCAAGCCCUUCGUCAAGGAGAAGAUCCGCAGCCGCAUCACCUUCCACAACGAUGUUGAGAGUCUCUACAAGGUGGUGCCACGUGAGCUGCUGCCCAACGAAUACGGCGGCAAGGCGGGACCCAUUGUUGAGCUCAACCAGUGGUGGAAGAAGAAGCUGGCCGACAACACGGAGUGGUUCAAGGAGCAGGAGGACAAGAAGGCCAACGAAUCACUGCGCCCAGGUGCACCAAAGACUACCGAUGAUCUGUUCGGCAUGGAGGGCACGUUCCGCCAACUAAACAUAGAUUGAGACUACAAUUAUACCCAACAUGUUUCAUAUGUGUAUCUUAUAUAUAUUCUUAUAUUAAUCACUCACCCAUUUUAUUGCCCAUUCACAUUUAUAUUGUUCGCUUUUCGCUUCAUUCCCUAUCUAUGUAUUGCAUGUUGACUCAUAUCGCCCCAAAGUGCAGUAAUUACAAUAAAGAAACCGCAGCAUAUUAAGGAAUGAAUAUCAAA